GUAACUUUGAUAUGUUAUUAUCUUUGAUAUGUUGUUAUGCCUUCGGCGGAAGUGCUUAAAAUUGUUUAUAUAUUGUUUAUUGGUGUUUUCCAAUUGAAAGUAGAUCAAAAUCGGACAGUUGUUACCUACUUAUGACGCACUAAUGCCAUAAAUUCUCCUCCAGAUAUUUAUAAAACAACAUACCUGUACACCCCCGAACUAUCAGGAAGGGAAAAUUAAUCCGCGUUCAAAGCGCUCGCGCAUUUCAGUUGAGAAUUUGCAGACGAUAGUGUUUGUACUAGAGUGCUUUAUUUUGUGUUAUAAUAUCAAAACAUAUCAGGAUGCCACCUACUGCUGCAAAGCGUGACCCUGAGAUGGAAGAGCAAGCAAUGGAAUGGAUUGAAAAGAUUACUGGAGAGAAAUUAGACAGAUCUAAGGAGUACCCUGAUCAAAUUAAAGAUGGUAUCACCCUCUGCAACUUGAUGAAUAAACUUGAUCCAGGAUGUAUAAAGAAGAUUGACAAGAAAGGUGGAGGAUUUGCCUUGAUGCAAAACAUUGAGCGGUUUAACAAAGCUAUCCUGAACUACGGUGUUCCCGUGAGAGAAUGUUUCCAAACUGUAGAUUUAUGGGAGAAAAAGAACAUUCCUGCUGUAACACUUUGUAUUCAUGCACUUGGACGAAUUACCCAGACGAAAGACGAUUACGACGGCCCAGUCUUAGGCCCAAAGAUGUCAGAUGCACAAGUCUUUGAUUUCACUCCAGAACAACUUGCAGAAGCUAAAUUUAUGGUAAAUACGAUGCAGUAUGGCUCAAACCAAGGUGCUAGUCAGGCCGGUAUGAACAUGGGCAAACAAAGAGGGAUCAACGACUAGUUGCAAGAGCUUUCGGAUAUAAAUUUCUAAAAUAAACAACCAUUAUUUCUUAAACAGUUAGUUGCAAUUAUUAUUUGUAUUGCUGUUUAGAGAAGUUUGUAAAUGUCAUUUAUCUCUAUGAUUUUAUUUAGUUCUUUUGUUAUUCAAAAUAAGUAAACAAUGAUAAAUUUCAAAAUCUCAUUAUGUUAUCUGUUAUCAACAGAGAAACAGUGUGUUCAAUGGAAAAUGGCCUAAUAAAAUUGCUGCUUUUUUAUGUAUCAACUAUAUCACUGCCUAUCUCAUUGAUAUGAAUUGUUUAAUUUGAAAGAAGAUAUACAUGACUAACAUGGGUGAAUAUGUGGUAAAUAAUUAGAUUUUUUACACCAAUUUAGUAAAAACCUAACACUUUUUAUAAGAAUAUUUUAUAAUUAAUUCUAUUUUAGACGCCGUACCAUCCAAAUUGAUUGCAUAGAAGACGAUUUAUUAUAGUGUUUUCGUUAACAAUUAUGUCUUUUGAAAUAACACUCUUAUAAGCAAACAUAUCUUUUAAAAUACGACUAUAGUUUUGUAGUAUGGACAAUAAUAAGGUUCAUAUUGGACGUGAUUGAUGUUUUCUGUUUAUCGAAUCAUUGACAUUAUAUACAUGUAUGUAGUUGUUUUGUUUUUGUUUUAUUUUAUAUUACUUAUAUACAUAAUCAUAUAAUGCAUAUUUAUAUUCAAUAAAGUGAAAAAAUAUA